AUGGCAGCCGUAGCUGCCACGGCGUCUGGCGUCCGUAAUCUUGAAGAAAGAAUCAAAAUCGAGUCCCUCAAAGAGGCGUUAACCGAAAUCUUCUCCGAAUACGGCAACAUCAUCGAUAUUGUCGCGAAGACAAACCUCAAAGCAAAGGGUCAGGCAUUUGUCGUCUUUGAUAAUGUAGACUCCGCCACGCGUGCGAUUGAGGAGAUCAAUGGGUUUGAGCUCUUUGAGAAACCCAUGGUGUUGGACUAUGCGAAGACCCGAAGCGAUGCGACAGUGCUGAAGGAACAAGGGGAGGCGGAGUUGGAGGCCCAUAAACGGAAGCGGUUAGCAGAGAAGGAGAGAAAACAAGCACAGGAAGCGCUCGAGGCGCAGAAGAAGCUGAAACGUGGAGCUGCGGCGCCAGGAGGCGCGGAAACCCGCCCCUCAAAGGUCACCAGAGGUACCGGCUUGAAGCCUUCCAACGCCGCUGCUGCUCCUGUUAUACCAGACGAAUACCUACCUCCUAAUAAGAUUCUGUUCUUGCGGGAGAUUCCUGACUCGUUAGAUCAGGAAGGCCUUACUGCAGUCUUUGGUAGAUUCGAGGGCUUCAAGGAAGUGCGUAUGGUACCAGGCCGGAAAGGAAUUGCGUUCGUGGAAUAUGAAGCAGAGACUGGUGCUAUCAGCGCCAAGGAGGCUACAUCUGGUAUGCCGUUGGGAGAGAAUGGGAAACCUAUUCGGGUGACGUACCAGAGGCAGUAA